GUACUGGCGAACCGUUCUCUCUGGAGCAUCCCCAUUUCCCUCCUUACCAGGUACCAACUGCCAACAGAUAAGGCUUCUUCUGCGCAAUACCACCACUCUCCCCAUGACUUAGCAGCCUCUCUCCUAAGAUCUCACAGUCAUGGCUUCCAAAGCACUCCCUCAGGCUCUCGUUUCAAUCCCAAGAACUGCCACUCCCUGCUCUUCAAAGAAGCUAGGGUCUUCUUCUCUCUUCUCUUUCCGUUCAUCUUCUUUCUGCUCCACACGAAUUAUCACUUCUAGGGUUUCUUCAAAUGGGUUUGAUUUAAAAUUCAAUCCUGUAGUCACUCGACGGAAGAACCCACUUUUCGUCGUAAGAGCAGAAUCGAAUUCUGAAGGAGAAGUUGAAGCGACUGAGAAUGCCGAAGAGAAAGCUACAGUCGAUCCUGAAGUUCCUGCCACAGAACCAGAAUCAGAAAUCGAAAUUAAAGCUGAAGCAGUUGCUGUAGUGGAAGCGGUACCAAAACCUCCACGGAAACCUCGAGUUAAACUUGGAGACAUAAUGGGGAUUUUGCAUAAUAGAGCCAUUGAGGCGGCGGAGAAGGAAAGGCCAGUUCCAGACAUCAGGACUGGAGACGUUGUAGAGAUUAAAUUGGAAGUUCCGGAAAACAGACGCAGAUUAUCUAUAUAUAAAGGUAUUGUCAUGUCAAAACAGAAUGCUGGUAUCCACACAACUAUUCGAAUUCGGAGAAUCGUUGCUGGCAUAGGUGUCGAGAUUGUUUUCCCCGUGUACUCUCCAAACAUCAAAGAGUUAAAAGUUGUUAGCCACAGGAAGGUAAGAAGGGCAAGGUUGUACUAUCUAAGGGACAAGCUGCCCAGAUUCUCAACCUUCAAGUGAAAGCACAACUUCCUUUUCGGUUCUCUUUGGAGCUUGCCUUAAACAUUGUGAGAGCUGCAAUUUUAUCUCAAAAGUGA